GGGGAAGGGCUAUUCCAGGAAUAGUUGCUUUACUGCCUGCUCUACAGUUUUGGCUUUAGUUUUGGUAAAGUGUUCUGUUGAGUCAUUUCUCAGUCUGUGUUCAGCCAAAAAGUCGGCUAAAGAGAAGUGAUCUGUGAUCAUGGAUACAACAAAUCUUCCAGUUCAAGAGAGUGACAUAUGGAUCAGCUGCAUCAGAUGUUUAGGAAAGAAGUGUGAAAACUACCAAGACAGCAGAACUGAGCUCUGUCCUGAUAGAAGUGAUGGUCCUCAAAAUACCUGGGCGUGUUCUAAUGAGCAUCACUCCAUGGAUACACCGAUCACUUUUGAAGGAAAUCAUUCCCAGUCUUCUCACAGGUUUUACACUUUAAAAGAAAGUCUUGCUGGUGGGAAAUCCAAUGUGUUAGAGGAAGCAGUUCAUCAUCCAACAACUAUGACAAAUCAAGGCCAGGUGAACUCUCAGAACACCAGCUCUAAAUCUGUAUUAAACCAGUACAUCUGGAUUAUUCCUGCACUCUUCUUCAUCUUCAUCAUCGUCAAACUUAUAUUAUGCCUUGGACCUUCAUUUACUCAAAAAGAUGUUCCAGUAAGACCUGGGCUGAGACUGAUGAUGUUGGGCACCUCUGGAGCUGGGAAAAGUGCUUCAGGAAACACCAUCCUGGGUAAAGAUGCUUUCAGAGCAGAAGCUUCACCUGUUUCUGUCACCCAACACUGUCAGGAAGAGAUGGAAUCUGUUGAAGGGAGAAGAAUCACUGUGAUAGACACACCCCCCAUUACUGAUAUUUGGGUGUCACCUGACCAAGUAUCAAGGUUCUUUAGAAUGGCUUCACCUGGACCUGAUGCCUUUCUGCUGGUGAUUAGGCUGGGGAGGUUCACAGAAGAGGAGAGGAACUUCAUGAAGUGGUUUCCGAAGCUCUUUGGAGGAGAAGCUCUGAAGAUCUGCAUGCUGCUCUUUACUGGUGGAGAUCAACUGGAGGGGAAACCAGUGGAGAGGUUUCUUAAUGAAAGCAUGGAGCUCCAGAAUCUCGUUCAGCUGUGUGGAGGCAGAUACCACAUCCUGAAUAACCGGGACAGCAGGGACUUCACCCAGGUUUCAGAGCUGCUCAAGAAGAUAGACAUGAUGGAAAACAUAGACCGAAGCAUCUUCAACAUCAGCACAGCCAGCCUGAACGAAUGGAGACACCCGCUGAUGGAGGAAGAGGAGAGGUGUAGGGUAGAGAAGGAGAGUCAGAUCAGGGAGGAGGAAGAAAAGAAGAGAGAGGAGAUGAAGAGGAACAUAAGGAACAUGGAGAAGAAGAGGCGUCAGAUGAAAGUGAUGGAUGUACGAGAGGAGGAGGUGUGGAAGUGGAAUUCCUGGGAAUUUAAGACAAUAAAGAAAUUGGAGAAAGAACUGGAGAUUGAAAAGAAGAAAAGCUGUUGGCCCAACAUUCCCUCCAGUUUCUGGUCCGUUUUUUAAUAAUUGAUUCAUGCCGAUUUUCCCAAUUAACUGAACGUCUUAAUGGCAGAACCAGUGUAUUUAUCUGAUGUGCUCCAGCAGUAUGAGCCGAGCAGAACUCUCAGAUCAUCAGGAACUAGUCAGCUAGUGCCACCUAAAGUGAAAAAUAAAAAUGGAGACAAGCAUUUAGCUACAACACUGUUAUUAAAUGGAACCAGUUAACAGAGAGUGUGAGUUAGAAGAGCUACAACACUUAACACAUUUAAAUCCAGACUGAAAAUGUUCACGUUUGUA